CUUUCCAGUGUUCAAGACUCAUAUUUACACAAUCCUCUUGCUUCUCAAUUAGUCUUUGAAGAUGACGGAAGUGGUUGAAGAUAUUGUGAUUGUGGGAGCUGGAAUUGCAGGCCUCACUACAGCUGGGGAUCAGGAGCUUAGUAUGGAAUCAUCAGAGAGUUUGAAGGUCUCAGGAUCUGCAAUUUUAUUAUGGACUAAUGCUUGGAAGGCUUUGGAUGCUGUUGGGAUUGCUGACUCUCCUCGCCAACAGCAUGAAAUCAUUGAAAGAUGUGUGAAAAGGAAGUUAUUGUUGGAAGCACUUGAAACAGAACUACCAAGUGGCACCAUUAGAAAACUCAAUAGUGUGGAAUUGGGUGUGGGAGUGAAACUCAGUGGUGGUGAAAGGCUUGGCUUCAAGAAGCCAGUGUUUUCAGGAAGAUCUGGCAUGAGAGGCUGUGCUGAUUACAAGGGCAGUCAUGGCUUUGAGCCCAAAUCCUGCGUUUUCGGGAAAGGCAUUCGAUGUGUUUCCACCCUUCAUUUCCUCACAUUUUUCAUUCCUGAAAUUUCAUUACUUGUAGAUGGUGAGCUAGAGGACAACCCAGCAAAGAUGAAGCAAUUUGUGCUGAGUAAUGGUCAUGUACCUGAUCAAUUAAAGGCUGUUGUACAAGACACUCCAAAGACAGUAUCGUUGCAAAAACCACUAAGAUACAGACAGCCAUGGGAAGUGCUGUGGGGAAAUAUUAGCAAAGGUGGUGUUUGUGUAGCUGGAGAUGCCCUCCAUCCAAUGACACCAGACAUUGGCCAAGGUGGCUGUCAUCUUUGGAAGACGGUGUUGUUUUAGAGGUGUAUUGCUGAAGCCUUAGCUGAAAAAACAAGUGGAUAGACUAAAAGAGAGAACCGGUGAAGAUGAGGAGAAAUUUAAGAAGAUUGAAAUGGGAUUGAAAAGAUAUGCAAAAGAGAGGAGAUGGAGAAGUUUUGAGCUAUCAGCACGGCUUAUGUGGGUGGUUUUGAUACAACAAAGUGAGGGUGAUAGUGAACUUCGUCAGAGAGAAAA